AAUUCAGAAUCUCUCCACCACCUCGUUUGGCCGUUUCAAAAAGGCGCCCCACUCCUUCUUCUCCUUCCUCGACCAACGUCCGUACGUUCACACGGGCCAUCUCCCCACCUGUCCUCCUCCCUCCGGCGAAGCUCCGGCUUUCCCGUGCAGCAGUGCUUCUCCUCUUCUUCCCCUGAGCACCAGUCCCUACGGUCAUCUCCUUCCCCACCCCGCUCGGGGUGAGCUCAGCUCUUUGACUCGAUCGUCCGAGUUGGUCUGAUCUGAAGUCGGCGCCGGCUGGAUCUGAUCGGGUUUCGGAGAUCGGCGAACGGGUGGGGGAUGGCUAACCGAGUGGGGGAUCACGAGUACGAUUACCUGUUCAAGAUCGUCUUGAUUGGGGACUCCGGUGUUGGAAAAUCCAACAUCCUGUCGAGGUUUACGAGGAAUGAGUUCUGCUUGGAGUCCAAGUCCACUAUCGGAGUUGAGUUCGCCACGAGAACUCUCCAGGUGGAGGGGAAGACUGUGAAAGCGCAGAUAUGGGAUACGGCUGGUCAAGAACGUUAUCGUGCCAUCACCAGUGCUUACUACAGGGGAGCUGUGGGUGCCCUUCUUGUCUAUGACAUAACCAAGAGGCAAACCUUUGACAAUGUCCAGAGGUGGCUCCGUGAACUGAGGGACCAUGCAGAUUCCAACAUAGUUGUUAUGAUGGCUGGAAAUAAAUCCGACCUAAACCAUCUCAGAGCUGUCCAAGAACAGGAUGGUCAUGCCUUGGCUGAGAAGGAAGGCCUCUCGUUUCUCGAGACAUCAGCUUUGGAUGCCACAAACAUCGAGAAAGCAUUUCAGACGAUUUUGGCUGAGAUCUACCAUAUUGUCAGAAAGAAGGCCUUGGCAGCACAACAAGCUGUAGCAAAUGCUGCAAUUCCUGGUCAAGGAACCACCAUUAAUGUCGCCGAUACAUCAGGUGAUGCAAAGAAAGGCUGCUGUUCUACCUAAGAGGCGUCUCCUUGCAAUGUGCCAAGCAGCUUACAGAGGAACUUAUUUUCGCUUUUGAUAUAGAAUGCGACUUGUAGAGUAUCCAUGUUUUUUUUCCCCUUCUUACUUCGUUACGCCUUGAAAACAAGCUCCAUCAAAAUUAGAAAAAGCUUUUCUUUUUCGAAGACUCAGCAUUGUGUUUUCCAUCCGUGUACUUCCUUUCUUAUAGGUAUUCUCUUAUGCCAGAAAAGAGCUAGUUGGUAGUCAGGGCUUGAUUUCUAUUUUGAGUUUCGUCGAUUUCUCAUUUGUGCCAUGAUAAUGAAUUACCUUCUUCCUGACA